AUGGCGGGAGGUGCGAAUUUCAUGAACAGAGUUGUCUCCUACCUCGUCAAUGAGGUUCUGGUUAAUAGCCUUGCCAACAGCCGUGCAUUCCAGAGGUUUGCUGUGAGGACGUCAAAGAGGAUUGAAGAUAUUUCAAGCAUUGCUGCCAAGAAGAAGGAACAACUUGCUGAACAGAUGAAGGAUUUAUCUAGAAACAUGGAUUCUUUCAAAGACCGUUGA